CAUCGGACCCUGCGAAUUCACCGGAGGCGGUCCCUGAACCAAAACUCUUUACCUAGGGCUAUUGGGUCAGUGACAAAAAGAGUGGUUGUAGUUACUGCCGUUUCUUCUUCUGGAGGAUCUUCAAGAGGGAAGGAUUAGUAUGUCGUCAAUAAUCAGAAAAGUGAUCAGCACUUCAAAAGCCCCGGCGGCCAUUGGUGCCUACAGCCAAGCUGUGCUAGUGGACAGGACCAUUUACGUUUCUGGACAGAUAGGCAUGGAUCCUUCCAGUGGACAGCUUGUGCCAGGAGGGGUAGCAGAAGAAGCUAAACAAGCUCUUAAAAACCUGGGUGAGAUUCUGAAGGCUGCAGGCUGUGACUUCACUAAUGUGGUGAAGACAACUGUUUUACUGGCUGACAUAAAUGACUUUGGCACUGUCAAUGAGAUCUACAAAACAUAUUUCCAGGGUAACCUUCCUGCCAGGGCUGCUUACCAAGUCGCCGCUUUACCCAAAGGAAGUCGAAUUGAAAUCGAAGCCAUCGCUGUCCAGGGGCCUUUCACCACAGCAGGACUGUGAGGAGCCAUGCUGAUGCUGACUCUGGAGUCUUUACGAUGUCUCUCACACUUUAAAUUUUACAAAUGAUUCUGGGAAGUGCGCACAUGACCAGAGUGUGAAGUGAUCGUGGAAAUGAUCAUACAUGUGGAGAUGUGACAUUAAUUGGGGAUUAUUCAGGACAGUGGCUAGUGCUGUAAUUUCACUUAUGUGGCUGGGUGUGAGAGAAAGGCACGUAGCUGCUGACAUGGAGAGCAGAAUCAAAGACGAAACAGUAAAGAGCACACCUAAUUAAACCAUAUCAAUUUGCUCGUGUGGAAUACUUAGUUCUCAUGUUAGAUAUCAGAAACUAAAUUAAAAUAUUCAAACUUUAAUAGUACCAGGAGAAAAAAGUGGACCAAAAUCUUAUAAGACAAUACUGCCUUAAUGGAAUAAAAAACAGAUGUGUAACUUUC